CAUCAACAACACUUUGUCGGACAAGCACACUGGCGUGAUUUGGAGCCGAAACUCAGCACCCCAGCCACACAGAGACACGAUGUCGACCAACGAGCGUAUCAAGGGCAUCCAGGUCCACCGGCCCAUCAUCUAUGGCUCGCAUGCGCGCCUGCUGACCGAGGAGGAGAAGGCCACGGCGCCUCCGGGACACACGCACCGCUGGUCCAUCUUCCUCGCGUCGGCCGCGACGCCCCCACCCGCGCCGCGCGCCUCGUCGUCCAACGACCCGCCCCCCAUCGACAUGGACUACAUCGCCGGCGGGGCAGACGACAUGUCGUACCUCAUCAAGCGCGUCGUGUUCCGCCUGCACGAAACGUAUCCUAACCCCAACCGAAUGUGCGAGAAGCCGCCGUACAGGGUCACCGAGACGGGCUGGGGAGAGUUCACGGUCCCCAUCAAGAUCACCUUUGUGCCCGAAGCCGGAGAGAAGGCCAUGACGCUCAACCACGCCAUCAAGCUGCACCACUGGGGCGAGCCGAUCGAGGCGCCCUUGCCCUUGCCCGUGCCCCCAGCGACUGGAGAGACACCCGCCGCGACGCCAAAGGCCGAAAAGGUGGAGACGGAGGCCGCGACUGUCCCCAAGACCGAGGCGGCCCAGACCCCAGCAGCAGAGUCGACGCCGGCGGCAGCUGCGUCGGUGCCAGCCGAGGGGUCAGCCCCGACGUCUGAGGCGCCGACAGGUGUGGCAACCGACGCAGCCACACCAGCCGAUGCGUCCGUAUCUGCCACUCCUGUGGCCGGCGAGGUCGAGUUUGCCCCGCUCCCCAUCCUGCCGACCAUCGCGUCGUCAUACCCCGUCCACGCGUGGCAGUACGACGAGCUUGUCUUCUCCGACCCCCAGACCAACUUCCUCAACCUCUUGAACGAAAACCCGCCUACACCGCUGCCUGCGCGGAAUAGGCGGCCGCGUGACCAGCGCGAGGAGCACGAGCUCAAGGCUGGCAACAAGAAGAAGGCGCGCGCGUCUGCGUCGGCCCGCCCGAGUAUCAGCCGAGCUGGGACAGAGUCGCGUGGAGGGACCCCGCUGGCCGGUACGCCUGGUGCUCAGCCCGUCGGCGUUCCUGGCGAGCUCGGAAGCGCCGACGUUCCGCUCGAGUUUACGCAGGAGAUGGAGAAGAGCGAGCACAACCGCCUGACCGAGAUGAGAAUAAAGAUUGUCGAGCAGAUGGACCGCUGGAGAGAAAAGCUCAUCGCCAAUGAGAAGGAGCUUGGCAAGCUCAAGGAGGAGCUGAGGGCAUAGGCGUGGCGUGGUGUAGACGGGGGCAUGUUAUAGGGCCGGUCAUGGCUUAGACGCGGCCAUUGCAUUCAUGCAGUUGUAGAUGGGCUCUGAAUGGCC